AUGGAGACCAGCAGAGUUGCUGAGGAAAGUGGCCCUGAUGAGGAUCUUCAGUUAAAAUCAUCACUACUGAAAGUCAUUGAUGCAGACUGCCCUGAGUUCGCUGGAAAGAGAGGUGUGAUCAGUGUUGACAGAACUGACCCCAUAAUUGAGAAAUUCCUAUCUGAUGUGCCAAAUCUGCUGUUACAGAAUGAUUCAUACGGCCUCAUAUGGGACAAAAAUUUAAAACCAGACAACCUGAGGUAUGAAAAAGGGGAACAUUUUGUAAGUACCAGAGAAGCUGACAGGAAAACCAAUCAUGCAACUGUGUCAUUUUAUCGUGAUGGGGUGACAGGAGCACGGUUUGCCAUCAAGACAUUACAGAAAGCCACAACUUUUUAUCCAGAAGAAAUCAGGGUUGGUUUGACCAUUCAGCAUCCCAAUAUCUGUUCUGUAUAUGGGAUCAUCAUCAGAAAUGGCACAGUUCACAUUCUACUUGAACAUGCAGGAUCACCACUGUACCAGGAAAGGGUCUGGAUUGCCGAGUGCCCACAGCGUGCUCUAUCAUUUGCCCAGCAGAGCUUUCAAGCGUUGGACAUCAUUCAUGGACAUGGUUUUGUCCACUGUGACAUCAAACCGGACAACAUAAUGAUUGACCGGCACAACAACAACAAGUUCACUGUGAAGUUGAUUGACUUUGGAACCUGCCACACUAAGGGAGCAAGACUCUCCAGCACUACUGCCAACACCACCUUUCUGUAUUGGUCACCAGAGAUUUGGCAAGCACUUGCUAAUCAGAAGGAGAUCAUAUGCAGACCAGCAAUGGAUGUUUAUGCGCUUGCACUGACCCUGCAUUUUGUUCAUACGUCAAGUCAUUUGAUGCAAAGAUUUAAAGAUGAGGACUUGAAAAAUGUGAUGAUGAAGACACCAGAUGACAUCUUGCUUGUUGCUUUGCCGGAGACCAUCCCUUCAGAUUUGUCAGUGGUGGUGAAGAGUUGUCUGGAUGGCAACCAUGAGACUCGCUCCAGUGCUCAGGAAGCAUUGAAGCUUUUGACAGAUCAUGCCCUGAUGAGAUGGUCUUCAUCUACCAAAGCAGAUGAAAACUACAAGGAUUCAUUCACUAGGAUGUGUUCUUCAAUUAACAGAUGUACUACAAGGCAUACAAAGUCUGAUACAUCCAAUACAGAUUUCAAAAUUUUGACUGCUUCCCGCACAUCUCUGAACUCCUCUGAAAAGGACACAUCUACAUCUAGCAGCAUCAGUGGAGAAAAAAGGGAGUUGAAAGCUUCUGUUAAAGCUAGAAAAAUUUCUCUCAAUCCAGCCAAUAAAUUUAACAAACCAUCACACAAAGGAAAGAAAGCAGCCAAACUGCCACCAAAGCUGUGUUUUCAGACAAUGUCACUGGAGUCACUACAGGCACCUUUGGUCAGCACAGAGUCUGAUUUAGAGAAGACAAUGGAAAUCAAACUGGAUGAUAAAGAUUACUCUUAUUCAGCUCUCCUGAAAAAUCUGGCCUUACAUGUAAAGGAACCACAUCAAGUGAAUUCUUCCUACGCACACUGCAAGAGUACUGACAGGUCUGAGGUAGUUCAUUCUCUUACUACAGACAGUGCCACUGAGACAACUAAGAAAGGAGCAGGUAGUUGUAGUUGGCCUGAGAAUCCAAUCAUUAGUAAGUCGACAAAAUUCAGUGGAAACAAACCAAAGCCAAGAAAUGAGGGCACAUCUCUUUUGCUGACAAAGCAUACAACUCUAGGAAGUUCUGUAAGCAAAGAGGAGAACGUGCAAAUGGAUUGUCAGACAACAUCUAAUUGUAGCAUUAGAGUGCAGGAAGGCAGUUCAACAGCCAAUUCUGGAGUUGUUGCAGAUGAUAUGGGAUUUGUGUUUAGUGCCUUUGGGGAUACUGAAUUUGCUGCGGCUGAAGAUAUUCUCGACAAUUGGCUCAAGAUGAUUGAUGAGCAGAAAGAGCCCAGCUGUGACACUAAGCAGUUGGAUGUUAAUGCACAUCAGACCAGAACUAUAAGACAAGAUCAGAUUGUUCUGAAUAGACAAGAUGAACCAAUGGAUACAGACAGUGAAGAUGUUUCUGUGCCAGCAGGAAACAUUCAGAACAAUGUUAACAUUCCAGCCACCAAGGGCAACAGAAAGCGGCUGGCAGAUUCAUCUGCCAACAGUAGUGGUAUUCCCGGAAAGGCAGUAUUUCUGACUGCUUCACAACAGGAGAUGAAUACCAAACAGUUGCCUGAUUUUGAUCAAAUUUUGCCUGAGAAUAUUUGA